UCAUCAUGGAGAGGUUUUUGUUUUCGGUGUAAACCAGUUGGGCAUAUAAAAAUUCCAGCUCAUCUGGGUUUUGUUUUCUCUUAACACUAUUUAAUUACUGUUCAAGAAGGGAUUAUAGAAUAUCAAACAUUUGAUCUUGUAGUAAGACAAAAUUUCGAUGCUCUAUAUCGGGCCAAAAAAGAAAAACAGUGUCUAUGAUUUGUAGGUGUCUUUUGUUGCGUGCGUCUCUUCUCUUCAUCCUCCUCCUGAAAGCUCUAAAGCCAUGACCCAUCAGCCAGCAAGCUUGAAAAUGGUUCUGCUUCGUCCCAUCACCGGAAUUAUGCGUUGUGAUCAGAUGGGGUGCUGAGAUAGAAUUGCUGAAAGAAAGUACAUGGAGAAACAGGCAGGUGAGGGGACCGUUGGCUUUUCUUGCAAUGGUACGCUUAAUUUUUUCAUAACCUCCGUUUCUUCAGCUUUUGAUCCUCUUGGAAGCCUUUCAUAGAUUAGUUGGAGUCGGAAAAUCUUCUCAUGCUAAUUCAGUAAAAUUGUUUAGAUUAUACACACCAUCGGGAACCCAGCACCGUGAGACUUCAGUCUGAAUUCCGAAUUUUUAAUUUCUUCCCGGUUGUAAUUGUUUGUUUCUAUUUUUUAAGUUUCAAGCUUCCGUUUGUUCCAAACCUUUUUCUCUCCAUUUUAAUCAUCUGUGAACUCUGCAACAGCCCCAUGGUACAAGUAGUAAUGGUGGUAUUAACAGACGCCUCUCAUAUCCUGAAAAUUGAAUCUGUUUCAUCUGCAGAUUUGACCAAAAUCAGGUUCUGAAGCUCGCGAUGGACAACCUCUCAAACUCCGAUAAGCAUCAUGGUCUGGGUUAUCAUCCCUCACCCUCUUCAGGGGAUCGAUUAGACCGAUCAAUAACAGAAACCACUGGCUACUCAACUUUGAGUGGUGACUCAUUCAGAAACUGCCGAACCAACUCUGAAACUUCAUCAUUUUCAGAACCCGCUGAUGACAACAGCUGCUCUGAUGAACCCUCCCCUUUGCGCUGGCCAAUCACCAAACCAGUAACCAGUCAUCACGAUGACUUUACGAGCUUGGGUAUGAAGCAGGAUAUCAAAGUUGUUGAUGAGACAAACAACGAUGAAGUUGUUAUAAAUUCAGAACUCGAAAUGAUGAAGGAAAGAUUUUCUAAACUUUUGUUGGGAGAAGACAUGUCUGGGAGUGGAAAAGGUGUCUGCACAGCGGUUGCAAUCUCAAAUGCCAUAACAAACCUCUACGCCACUGUUUUUGGUCAUAAUUUAAGGUUAGAACCUCUACCUCCAGAGAAGAAGUCUAUGUGGAGGAGGGAGAUGGACUGUCUCUUAUCUGUUUGCGACUACAUAGUUGAAUUCAGUCCUUGCCAAAACCAUCAAGAUGGGAAGUCUGUUGAGGUGAUGACAAGUAGACCCAGAUCAGAUAUAUCCAUUAACCUUCCCGCAUUGCAGAAGCUGGACGCAAUGCUCUUGGACAUAUUAGAGAGCUUUCAGGAGGCAGAAUUCUGGUAUGUAGAUCAGGGAAACCUGCCCUUGAUUACAAAUCCUUCUGGGUCAUUCCAAAGUGUUAUCCAUCAGAAGAAGGAUAAAUGGUGGUUGCCAGUUCCUUGUGUUCCUCCAGGUGGCCUCUCUGAGCAUUCAAGAAAACAGUUGCAGCACAAACAUGAUUGUGCGAAUCAAAUGCACAAAGCAGCAAUGGCUAUCAACAGUAGUAUCCUUACUGAGAUGGAAGUCUCAGAGAUAUACAUAGCAGCUCUACCAAAGAGCGGAAGAGCCGGUUUGGGAGAUGCAAUUUACCGUUGCAUAUGUACCAGCAAUGAGUUCUCCCCAGAUUAUCUUCUUGAUUGCCUCAACAUAACAUCUGAGCAUGAAGCUCUUGAGAUUGCAAACCGAGUUGAGGCUUCGAUGCACAUAUGGAGACGCAAAGUAGGCAUGGGUCACUCAAAAUCUUCCUGGGAAAUGGUCAAGGAUUUGAUGGAUGAUGUCGACAAGAGUCACAUACUUGCAGGUAGAGCGGAGACUCUGUUAUUAUGCUUGAAACAGAGGUACCCUGAAUUGUCACAGACAACAUUGGAUACAUACAAGAUUCAGUACAAUAAGGAUGUCGGUCAGUCAAUCUUAGAGAGCUAUUCAAGAGUGUUGGAAGGAUUAGCAUUCAAUAUCGUUGCCUGGAUCGAGGAUGUUCUCGAUGCAGACAAAUCCAUGAAACACCAAGAUUAGUGGAAGAAAACAAAUGAAUUCAACUGUAAAGUUGAUACAUGCAGACCCUCGUUGCCAACCAAGAAGAAAAGCUCCCGACAGUAAUGAAUAGAACCAAUCCCCAUGACCCAUGGCUUAAAUUGUAUAUCUAUAACCUGUAAAACGGUUAGAGAUACGCCCAAUGAAGAAUUUUUCAAGGUCAUUUGUGUUCUUCACAGAAAAUUCUCAAAACACGAUAUUUUUGGCUCUUGUAAAUGUGAACUGGUUCUGAGAUUUCCGGCUUCA